GUUAAAAAAAUGACUUUAAUUUAGUUAUAAUAAAAUUAAACACAAAAAAUGGCUGAUGCAGAGGAUUUUGCCGGAUUGGAUUUAGAGACAUACAGUCCAUUUGCAAUUAGAAAUAAUUUGGGUGUUGUUGAUUAUUGUCGUGCAUUCUUGGCUGUUGUAUCAGGAUCUGCAGCAGGAAUCCUUGGUUUGACUGGUUUAAAUGGAUUUGUUUUUUACAUUCUUGUAUCGUUCCUAAUGUCAGUUUUGCUUGGUUUAAAAACACAAUCAAAAAGUGAACGAUAUUUUGUUAGUAAAUGGCAUUUGCUUACAAAUGGUGUAUUUGGGGAACUAUUUACUUAUUUACUUGUCUGGACAUUUAUGUAUGGCAUGAUACAUGUGUUUUAAAAAUGUA